AUGCAUCAGCACCCCCGGUCGCCGGCUGUCCCAUCGCCGGCGCCCAAGAUAACCGCCAAACCCGCAUCUGCCCGGGAUGACCGCAAGGACGCCGACUCCGUCCCGCCGUCCCCCAGUACCGACGGCAGAUCCCACCCUGCCAAAGGUUUAGGCAUCGAUGCUGGUGCAGAACAGGCGUCGGAAGCCCAGAGGGACCCUGGGCCGCCGGGAAAAGAGGCCAUGACGAAGUUGAACCAGAUUAUCUCGAAUUACCACACCAAGGCCGCCCUGAUCAUCCUUCAUUCGCGUGUCGAGCUCCCUCCCUCAUAUGCUAAGGCCUCCGAUGUGCCGAAAGUGAACCGCUGGUUCAACGUCGAGCUAGAAGAUACCGAUGUCCUCCGGGAACAACUGUGGACCUGGCGGACCUGUGAUGCCACCACCAACAGACCCCCGCCCCUGGUCAUCGAGACCUAUCUGGAUGCCACGGGGCUCACAAAUAACCAGAGUCUGGUGAUUCUGGAUGACAAUGGGAAGCGCUGGGAUGUACAAGACUCGAUGGCCGGUUCGCGCGGCGUGGACGCAACUCCAUACCAGUUAGGCGCAGACGAGAUCAUCCUGGAGCGGUGGAGGAUCGAGUUGGGAGAGGCCACCAGUAAGCCUACUGCGGAGCUGGGAUCCAUGCUGCCAACCGUCUAUAAGAAGAGCAUCAUCCUCUUCCGGUCCCUGUUCACAUAUUCCAAGUUCCUGCCGGCAUGGAAGUUCUCGCGGCGCAACACCAAGGUGCGGAGCAGUCCUGCUUUGCAGCUCCAAUACCGCGUGGUUGAUCCGAGCAGUGCUCGCAGUGAUCGCCUUCUAACGCCGCAGGAUCGCUUGACGCUUCCGCUUUAUGAGGGAAAUGGAAAGACGGUGGACACGUACCGCUUUGGGACUACUGAGUCCCCGGCCGGUCCGUUUAGCGUGCAAGUCACCUACCGGACGAACUGCGACUUUCGCGUGGACGAUUCAGAAGCCCUGUUGAGCUCGCGCUUUAUGGGUGCCGACGAUGAUAUCUUCCGUCCCUCGCUGCCGUCAGAGGACGCCCAUCGCCUGAACCAUGAAGUUGGAUCGGUGCCCGUGGAGCGGAGGACGGUGGAGAACCCCGAUCGUUCUCGCGCCUACGGGAGUCUGUCAACUUUUCACCAGGUUGGCCCAACAGGUGGAACAAGCCCCAUCUCUGCUUUGCGUGCCGUGAGAGAUACCGGCAUCGAAUCUUCAUCUCCGUCAGAUUCGCCAUCAAAGAAACUUCUACCAUCGGCACGAAUUGCACCUACCGGGCGUGCAGCGCAGCUGGCGAGUGAAAGCGUAUCAGUAUCAAACUCCCCUCGUCGCCCCUCCAUCUCCUUCCAAGCGUUCAAAGCCCCUCCACUGUCCGCAUCCCCCGCAUUGGUAGAAACGCCUCUUGGUGUAUCUCCGCGUACUGCAGCCGCGCGCGUUUAUACUGGAACUUCUGCCGACUCGCGCUUUAUGCCGCCCCCUUCGACAGCCGCUGCUGCUCGCAAACCGGCCGCUCUUGCGUCUGAGCAAGCUAUCUCCUCGUCGACUUCCGCUUCUCCUAAACCUGCCCCUCUCACUCGCUAUAGCAGUUCCUUCAGUCACCGCCGGGGCCGACCAUCCUCUGGCGGAACGAACAGAAUCGAGGAUGAUACCUCGAGUGGUAGAGCCAGUGCCACCUCGUCUAAUGUGCAGCCGGGCUCUGGCCUGCUCGCAGAAGCCACCGGGACGAGCGCCGAGUCUAUCCACGCAGAUGAUGAGAAUAUAUCCGAGUUCUUGAAACUGCUGGACACGAAAAAGGAUCUGAUGAAUCCGUCCAGCUCUUCGUCGCUUGAUCCUGGCCAACGGCGGCCUACAGCGACUUCGGCAGCCCUCGCACGCUUCCAGCGCAUGCGAGAUUCUAAUGCUGCGCUUUCGGAGUCGAUGUCGUCGUCUAUGCACUUGCAUCGCUCGUCAACCUCCUCAAGCAAGCAGCUGUCCGGUGUGCCGCCCAUGGUGGCCGGCACCUCUGUUUCCACCGCCUCGUCUCCCGGAAAGCCUAUCUCUCCCCAUACGCCACACACACCAGCCAUCCGAUCACGCUUAAGCUCCAACAGCGUUGCGGACGAUAUAUCCACCGAGCGCGAACGUCGAGUAACACAUGUGGGGCACGACUCACCCUUGGAAGAGAACCCAAGCCUCGAAAACCCCCAACCCGGCCCUUCGACGGCCGGCGCCAUAGAUAUCCCGACAUCUCCGCGGGUGUUUUCACCCGCAUACCGGCGCUCGAGUUCUGCCGCACAGCACCGGCGGCCGCAAAUCAGCGACGAGGAGGAAAUGUUCCCCUUCAUUUUACGAAGCAUGAGCCUCGGUGCCGAGACCCCUGGCCCGCUACAGCAGCAGCCCGAAUACGAGAACCCCGACUCCGAAGCUCUGACAGAACGCCUGCCAUCAGAGGAACCCUCCGCCGCCACCAGCGGCACUCCCAGCCGCGGGCAAACCAUCACGGGACCCUCGGCUGCGUCAUCCUCGUCGAACGUCUACCAGCCGCGCUUCGCCAGCUCACGGGGCCGAGGCUUCUCAGGCGGUCAUUCGCUGAGCUCUGCAUCGAGCAGCCUCGCCCGGGGCGCGAACAUCCCGCCGCACCUCAUUGAACGUGACGAUCGUGACGGCAACGCCAGCGGCAGCAACAGUGGUAACUCGACGCUCGAGAUCCGCCGCGGCUCAGCCCAGCGUCCUGGCACUAGCCGCGCGCCGCCCUCGCAGCCUCAAUUCGAGGACGAUGAGCCGCUGCUGUUUGCCAUGAGCGAUUUCGGUGCCUCACGGCGCAGCCUCGAGGAAAACCGCCAUGGUAACCACGGCGGCGCGGACUCGAGCGGGAGCUCGCGGCGUGGCAGUGGGCGGCGGGGAGCUGGGCUUCCGGGUGGUUGGUAG